GAUAACAAAAUUUUAAAAUAUUAACAAAAUUUUAAAAAAUGCUGGAAACGAGGGAAAUUGUUUUAAAGUGCGGAAAUAUGCGCUGAAAAUGAUGAAAAUAUGACGUUUUAUGCAUUUAUGACCAAGAUAUGCAACAAACAAAUGCGGCUUAAUCAACUCCAAAUCGUAUGAAUCGCAAAGAUCAAAGUGAUAUGCGCAAUCAUCUUUGCAGGAUAAAAAAAUGCAAUUUCAUAUAAAUCCAAUCUCUCCUUUAGUAUUAUCUUAGGCGUUUAUCUGAAAAUUCUCGAUUUCCUAAAUGACACCUUUAAGUGUCCGUUUAUUUUUGGCCACAAGUGGGUAUUAUCGUACAAAAGUGAAGUAGGUACAUACUUACCUGUCUUCUUGAUAUGACCUUCGUAUCGAUAAAGACAUUCUCAAGAUACGAAUUUCUCACAUCUGUUUUUUUUAAACUAUAGGACAUUCACUUUGAUGGUAAAAAAAGUGUUUCUUUGAUAGUUAGUGGAUAGUGCUGUUCACGAUGCCUCCUCAAGCUGCAGAGAAAAGCUGGCCUGAGAUUACGUAUCCAAGUAAGAGAGACGAUGGAAUUCCAAGUGUAGAUGCGUGGCUAGAAGGUAAACAACUGGAUGAUGGCGCCGAUGGUCUGUGGAGGGUGCACGAUAAAUUAUACGAUUUGAAUUCAUUCAUUAUGCAGCAUCCUGGUGGAGCUUUUUGGCUUACAGUGACCAAAGGUACAGAUAUAACGGAAGCAUUCGAAUCCCACCAUUUGACCAGUUGCCGAGAUAAACUACUACCUAAAUUUUACGUUCGAGAUGCCAUUUCCCCUCGCAACUCUCCUUUCACCUUUAAACCGAAUGGGUUCUAUAGAACAAUUAAACGCAAAGCUUUAAAACAUUUUAAUUACAAAGCUCCGAAAAUUUCUCGAAUUUCGACCACAUUUUUAGAUUUGCUGUUCAUUUCUGCACUGACUUUUGCAGUUUGCUCAGCCAAAUAUGAAAGUGUUGGGUUUGCAGCCUUAGCAGGAAUCAUGUUCACGUUUGUACUCAACUGUGCACAUAAUUUUAUUCACAUGAAGGAUAAUAUGUGGAGAAGUUAUUAUUAUUAUUUUGUCGGAUUUAGUCUUAGAGAAUGGCGAAUUUCUCAUUGCUUGAGUCAUCAUUUGUAUCCCAAUACUUUGAAAGAUAUUGAAAUAACAUUUAUGGAACCAUUGUUUCAAUUUUUGCCGCGGAGAAAUAAGUCCGUGUGGAUAAGGUACGGGCCUUUGGUGUAUUUUCCUCUUUUCUGGGCUCUGUCUCCUUUUUUUCAAAUUUUCAACAGAAUCCGUUCAAAUAAGUUCUUCUGGCCAGACUACUUAUUAUUCGUAGUACCUUCGUUAAUGCUGAUUAUAGGAAAAUUUCAAAUUCAUUCUUUAUUUUUAUGGAUCGUAUUCUUAUUAUUUUUCGGUUCGAUCAGUUCAUUUAUUGGAUUCACAGCAGCUCAUCAUGAUCAUAAAGCAUUUCACGAAGGCGAUAAAGCAAGAAAUGACAGAGACUGGGGCUUACAUCAAGUUGACACAACUUACGAACGGAAGGAAGUAACUGGGAAUAUUUUUUUGGGAUUGGUGGUGUUUGGCGAACAUACGCUACAUCAUUUAUUUCCAACUAUCGAUCACGUGUACUUGACGGAACUAAUUCCAAUUUACGAAGAAACUUUGAAAGAAUUCGGUGUAGAGUUGAAUGAAAAGUCGUAUCCAAAGGUAAUCGCAGGAACAUUUUUACAAUUGGCUAGAAACAAACCGAAUUUAGCUGCGAGGAAUUGAGGAAGCAGAAAAAUACUAAUUUUGUAGAUUUCGUCAUCAGUUCUCUGAUUUUUACUAUGGAUUCAAUGUUAACGGCUAUAGGUACUUCAAAUAAAAUGGUCGUGAUUACUGUUGCAAUUUUAUUCGACCAUGUAAUUAAAUUUUAAAUCAGA